AUGGAGUUUAAAGCAUCAAUGAUGAGGGAAUUCGACAUGACAGAUUUGGGAUGUAUGAGUUAUUUAUUAGGUAUUGAAGUUUUACAAAAGAAAGAAGGAAUAUUUAUCUGUCAAAGAAGGUAUGCAGAAGAAGUUUUGAAAAGAUUUGGGAUGUUGGAGAGCAAUUUAGUAAGCAAUCCUACUACGCCAGGGUUGAAGAUUCACAAUGAUGCAGAGAGAGUACCUGUGGAUGAGACUUACUACAAACAAAUAGUAGGAAGUCUUAUGUACCUCACCUCCACGAGACUUGAUCUAAUGUAUGUUACAAGUUUGCUAAGCAGGGUUCUUAGAUACCUAAAAGGAACAAUGAAUCUGAGAAUUUUCUACAAGAAAGGGGAAAGGGAGUCAACUAAAAAGGGGAAAGGGAAUCAACCGGAGGAACUUGAAGCCUACACUGACAGCGAUUAUGCAGGUGACAGUGACAAUCGGAAAAGUACUAGUGGAUAUGCAUUUCUACUCAGUUCAGGAGCUGUAGGUAGCUUGGAGUUCGAAGAAACAACUUAUUGUGACACUAUGUGA